AUAGUCGGGCGAAGUGUAAGCCUCUUACCUCCUUAGCUGCUGCGGCUGGGCUGUCCGCGGCCGCUUCUCACGUGCGGCAUGCUGCUCCUGGCGUUGGGCGUCCCGUGGGCGUCCGGAUUGCGGCUCAGCGGGAAGAGGACGGCAUUGUGGGCGGCCACUGCGCUUCGAGGCCCCAGGGAGACUGUCCCCCGGGCGGCUUCUUUCAGUGGGCUCUCCCGGCCAGUCGGCGGCGGGAGCGCGGGGCUACGGGGAGCCGCGCCCCUGCUCCGGCGUCCCAGGCGAGCGCAGAUACCUGUUUUUUGGGAAGGAUGUGUUCGAUGCUUGCAUACACAACUUGACCAAUCAGACGAUGGAAGACUGAUUUAUACUGGGAAUUUGGCCCGAGCAGUAUUUGGUGUGAAGUGUUUCUCUUAUACUACAAGUUUGAUCAGCUUUGUAUUGGUACCAUACAUUUUUACACAAGAUAUUAAUGGACUUGUAAGUCUGCCUGCGAAAAUCUUUUUUUAUGGCAUCAUAGGGAGUUUUGCAUUUAUCACUCCAGUGCUGCUUCACUUUAUUACAAAAAGCUAUGUCAUUCGCUUGUACCAUGAGGCCACAACAGACACUUACAAAGCCAUUACUUACAAUUUUGUGCUUAGAGAAACAAGUACAGUGUUCCAUCAGAAUGAUGUGAUUGUUCCAGACAAGACAUAUCUGUUUACCACAUUUUGUGCUAAAACAAAAUCACUGUUAGUUAAUCCAUUGCACUUUCCAGAGCUUGAAGACUAUUUGCAUCUAAUGGGUUAUGACAGAACGUUCAGUUUUGAUGCAAAAGAAAUUGCUGAAGAGUUCAAGAAGGAGGAAUGAGCAUAUUGUUUUUUAGUUUGUGAUUAUAUGUGAUUUAUGUCUCAAUGUAUAAUAAUUGUCUUUACUUUUGUAUUCUCUUAAUGACUGAUGAAGAUAACUUGAAAUUGUCAAACAGAGCUUUUAAUUAAUGUUCAGAGAAUGAUAACUCUUUUAUAAUAAACUAUGUUUGAAAACAUACUAUGUACCAUUUGUGCUAGAAAAGGUAUGUGUGACUAUACAUGUUCAUCAUGGUAUAUGCAUGGAUUAUUUAAGAGCUAUAUGUAAGUGUGGUUGCCUCUGAACUGGGGAUCUGCUAGAAUUAAAUGGGAGAGUUACUUUUUUUCUUUCUGUUUGGAUUUUUCUUUGUGUAUGAAUAUUCUUGUCCUACA